ACCGCACCGCCCACCGCGCAGGCUCAGAUGGCCUCCUCUUCCUCCUCGUCCCCGCUCGCCCGCAGGCCAAGCUGUAGCGGCGGCUCGGAGCCCGGGACGACGCGCGCCAGCGGCGGCGGGCUUGGGAUCGGGCUCGGAGGCGAAGCAAUGGCGCGGGCCGCCGCGGCGGUGAAGCGGGAGCCGAAGCCGGAGCCGUUGGCGGCGGAACCGGAGUCGGGGCCGGCGGUGGUGCUGCCGCGGCCGGUGGAGGGGCCGCCGAUGCCCGCGCCGUUCGUGGCGAAGACGUACGAGAUGGUGGCGGACGCGGCCACGGACGCGGUGGUGUCGUGGGCGCCCGGCGGCGCGGGGAACAGCUUCGUGGUGUGGGACCCGCGGGCGCUCGCCGUCGGCAUCCUCCCCCGCUUCUUCAAGCACGCCAACUUCGCCUCCUUCAUCAGGCAGCUCAACAUCUACGGAUUCCGGAAGGUGAAUCCGGAUCGUUGGGAGUUUGCACAUGAAUCCUUCUUAUCAGGCCAGAAGCAUUUGCUGAGAAACAUCAAGAGACGGCGCGCUCCCAAGCCUCAGAUGGAAGCACAGCCAGCUAGCGGAGCGAGCGUUUGUUUUGGACAGCCCAAUGAUUCCAGCGAGGUCGAGAGGUUGAAGAGAGACCGUGCAGCCCUCAAGGCCGAAGUCCUCACGCUGAAGCAGCAGUACAUCAGCUGCAAAUCUCAACUCAUUGCCUUGGAGGAGAGGAUCCUGAACAACGAGAGGAAUCAGCAGCAUGCCAUCGCCUUCUUCGCAAAGGUGCUCAGCAACCCAGCUUUCGUGCGGCAGUUCCUGCUCAAUUAUGCCGUGAACAAAAAGCUGUGUAGCACUGCGAAAAGGCAGCGACUGAUGGAAAAUGAAGAGCAGCAUGUUGAUACGCCACUGAAGAAUGGUAAGGAACCUGCAUUGGCUACGGAUGCUAAUGCUUCUGCUGCUAGCAGUGAUGGUGGUGCCGUUCCAAAACAUGAGCCCAUGGCCGAGUGGAAUUAUCAGGAGAUGGACAACAUUUGGGAGGAUGUGUGGGACGACCUGGACGCCAUACCUGGUGCUGAAAUGGACCAAGAAGACAAGGCCGCAGCAAGGUUCGACGUCGAGGAGUUCACUGGACGGCCUUGUGGUUGGGUUGAUGACGGCCCAUAUCUGGUGGAGCAAAUGCAGUUUGUGGAGCACUAGAGGUGCAAGCCUGCAAGGAUAGCUUGAUCUGGAGCGGAAUAGUGGGAUUGUUCAUAUUAGGAUUCUUCCACCUUAAUGUCGUAUGUAAAUCAGCCAACUAGCCCAAUUCAAGUGGCGUACCUACUGUUGGGCCGCUCACUUUACUGUCCAUAUAUAACGUCAGUUCUGAGAACAUCUAGCUCGAAUAGUGCCAGCUCUCUAGCUCUGCAAGGCGGUAGUUUGAAAAAAGUUUGGUGCUGGUUUCUUUUUUUUUUCUUCUCAGAACUUGUUUGUUGGAGGUGAAGUACAGUAUCAUGUUGUUCUGCUGCCUGUUCAAUGGCGCCGAGGGAAGAACUACUCUACAUAGGUAACUGAAUCUAGCCUGUUCUAUCUUUUUGUCAGAUUGUGUAUACACCAGGAGAAAACGGGCACCCCUCACAACAGAAGGGGAAAGUGAGAGCUGCUGUUUUGUCGCUUUGUCACGCUAUUUGGAUUUUUCUUACAUGUUUACGAAUCUACAUGGAUCGUUUUAGUUUCAAUGGCAAAUGGUCUGUUAAACUGUUGUUA